AUGACAUCCGCUUCCAUUUCCAAAGCCGAGAAGUCCUAUAUUCAAGCUGGACUACUGACAAGUCCUCCUCGCAGAGCCGAUGGACGAUCUCUCCACGAUUUUCGAGCGAUAUACCUGGAAACUGGUGUAGCUCCUCUUUCAAACGGCAGCGCUCGUCUCAGUAUUGGCCGAAAUCCUCUUGAUGGCAGCGGUGGGACUGAGGUAUUGGCUGCUGUGAAGCUUGAAGUUGAAAACAUCGAAGAACAAACCUUGGAUGGGGGUCGCAUUGCUUGCAAUGUAUCUUGUUCUCCUUCAGCAUAUCCCCAUCUCUCUUCGGGUGCUUUAGACGACCUCCAACACGAUUUGACAACCGUUCUGCACCAAACACUUUCUCAUCCGUCUCUACAUCCAAAAAACCUUGGUAUCAUACCUCGCAAAAAGUCAUGGCUACUCAAUCUCGAUCUUCUUGUUACAGCCGAAGCAGGAAACAUAUAUGACGCGCUUUUUCUAGCGGCUCGAGCAGCUUUAUGGGACACCAAGGUUCCAAGAACGAGAAGCGUGGAAUACAAAAGCCCAAAAACUUUCUUGUCUGCCUCGGGCGACAUGGACGUAGAUCAAGACACUAGAAGCGGGUUUGACACGAGGCAUGUGGCUCAUGCAACAGACUUUGAACUACCUGACUACUGGGAUGAAGGAGAGAUAUUGGAAGGUAGAGAGAGGUGGCCAGUUGCGGUCACGUUGAAUCUGUUACACACAGCACACUUUCUAGAUGCAACUUUACAAGAAGAAGCCUCUUGUGCUUCGCGAUUACUGGUCGUUUAUUCACACGAAUCGCCAACUGCAUAUACAAUUCAAUCUAUGCGAAUGUUAGGCUCUGAUGAAUUGUCUAUACCGCAUUUGAAGAAACUGAUCAAGGAAGCCGAAGGCUACACGAGGUCCAUGGCCACUUCGCUUACAACCAAGCUCGAAGAUGAAGACUUUCGUCGCAAUCAAAAAGCUCGAGAGAAAUUUGGAAGGCGAAAAUAA